UAAUCUUUGCUGUAAUGUACUCCAUAUUUGUCACUUCUGAAACAGGUCCCAAUUCCUUCUCAUGUACAAAAAUAGGAUGCUCAGUACCAAGUUCAUUUUGACAACUUUCAAAAAGUUGAUUACGGUUUGCAAGCGACUUGCAGACAUUUUUGAAGUUCAAUUUCGAUGACCACUGCUUGAAAAAAGAGUGUUUUGACUCAAACCUCAUACACAUAUGCCUUAUUAAAGGGCCUAGAGAAAGAAUUUGAGCAGGGAGAUGUAGCAUGUAAUGUUGCUUAGGAAUUACAUUAUUCUCAGGAAAAAGUUGCUUAAACUUUAUCAAAUGGAGUUCAAUCAUUGUUUUCAGUCGUAAUACACUUUGGACAGAUAAAAUAGGAGCAAAAAUGAUUUGAACUAUCUCAAUUAAGUCCAAAACAAACUGAACAUAUUCAUUCUUUUCAAUACCGUUUAACAGAAACGGCAUGAUCUUCAACAAUACCAGCAUUUGACCAGACGUCUGUUUGAGUUUGUGAUCAUUAGAUGCCAAAGUAUUGACACUGAUUGGACAUGGUUUGUCCCGUAUGUCUAUUGAUGAAUAAGGAAAGCUCUGCAUGGCUGAAUUGAACAUGUCCAACUCCAUCUGUCCAGAAAGAACAAGUGUUAAGGAAACAUCAGCUGACGUUUGAAAAAUCCGGGAGAACAAAGGUAAAGGAAAUACAAGAAAGGUACAAUAAUGGAUGAACUGGACGAUGUUUCAGUAUCGACUCUGAAGGCUGCCAACAUUGAUGAGGCCUUGCUCCACACCCUCAGUCGUGAUGAUUUGAGAGACCUUUUUCCUGGGCCAGAACACUUUCUCAGGAGGAAACGAGUGUGGGCUCUUAUUAGCCCAGAGGAUGAGAAUCCCACCUUACCAGACCAAGCUGGCCAUAGUGAAACAAGAACUGUAUCUGCACUUAGAGGAACGCCUCCAAUCACCCCUCAGGAAUCCACUCCAUUGUGGAAGAACAGCCCAAAGAAGACCCUACAGCUUCCCAGUCCUCCAGAAUAUGUGGUUUAUACAGACAGUGAGUUGGAGCAAGCUCGUAAGCAUUUCUUUGAAAUGGCACGCACUGGCAGAGAGCAGGAAUGUGUCAUGUCCAAAGAGCUGAGAUGCAGGCUGGUGAGGAACACCGUCACCAGCAUGAUUUCCAUUUUGAGAGCAAGCCAGCAAGGAGAGGAGGUCCGCUACCCUCCCAAGCAUGAAGUCACAGCAAUGGCCAGAAGAAUAGUGGAGUAUUAUCCCAUGCUACAAGACAAAGACAAAACUAUGAAACAUCUGAGUAUUUACAAUAAUCUUCACAAGAGGCUGCAAAACGUAAAGUCUCCACAAAAGAGACAGGGACCAACACCAGAGAGGGGCCAACCAAAGAAAAGGUGUCGCAUUGACUUCUCAUCAAGUGACAAUGGAGAUGAUGAUGCGGACUCAAGUGGUGGAUCCACUGUUAUUUUGCAUGAAACACCGGGGAGUAGUUCUGAUGAUGGCCACCACAGUGCGUCAGACAGGGAUAGCCUGACAGCACAGGCCAGGCAUUAUAAAACUCUGCAGGAGAUGUAUAAAAAACCAAAACCCAACCAAGAUGCUGUCUCCCAAAUCCUUGACCUUGAGUUUCAAGCAAGACGAGCCUUCAUUGACAGUGAUGCCCUAAAAGAAGAAGAUAGGCCCACAAAGAUUCUGGAUGCUUAUCCAUGUUUCAAGGAUCUUCGUAAUGUGAUGGGUGAGCUGUGUCGGAUCUUGGAUAAGGGCAACAGCAAAUUCAUAGAUGGGUUAAAGAAAAGAUGGCAAGACUUCUGCGCCAAGGUGCAGUUUUAUGCUGUUUGGAAGAAAGUGAUGAAGCCACCCAUGACCCUGGAUGGAGUGGAAUAUGCCAUGGCACUAUUCAGGGCACUCCCCACACUCUUUCCUUCUCCAACUGCACCACCUAAGAAGAUGGGACAUGCCAGUGAGGCAUUGCUUCAUGUCCUUCAGCCAGAAGAAGACCCCACCAUCUACCUUCAGAAGAGAUCUCUCUCCAGCCCUGUUAUAAUCUUUGAUGGUUCCAACUGUCUUCUCGCUAUUGGAGAACCACUCCCAUCACCACAUUUGCAAAGGAAGACCUCAGUGAAGGUCUCCUUUAUCUGAUGGCUUACUACUACAACCCUUCAUCUUACCUAUCCCAAAUGCGUGGCGACUCUCCUUCUGUCAUUCAGAACGAAAUAUUGCAGGACACACUCCAUGAGCUAGACGCCACAGCAUCAUACAAAAAAAGCCAUGGCAGAGUGGAAGGAUUUUAUUGGGAAUUAGAAGU